UUGUGUUCCGACGACCAAUUAUAAUGGUUAGCAGUGCAUUUGCAUUACCCAUCUCUCGAUGGCUCUCUCCACUCCCACUGCUACCACUUUGCCAUUCAAAUGUAUAAUUGAUUCUCACCCUUCAAAUCUAAACCCUUUUUUCUUAUCCACACGACCAAAAUUCAACAACACCCACAACAUAUUACACGUAGCUGAUUCUGGGAAGUGGAGGAACAUGGUUUCAUUUUUCCCAGGUUUUCUCACUAGAGGCAAAGAUGUAAUUGAGAGCCUCAAGGUGGAACUUUAUGAAACAAUUGCACCUCUUGACCGAGGCGCCGAGGCUACUCCUGAGGAUCAACAACGUGUGGACCAGAUUGCUCGUAAGCUUGAAGCUUUGAAUCCUAUUAAGGAGCCUCUCAAGUCUGAUUUGCUCAAUGGGAAAUGGGAGCUUUUAUAUACAACAUCUCAAUCAAUUCUGCAAACACAGAGACCAAAAUUCUUGCGACCAAAUGGAAAGAUCUAUCAGGCAAUUAAUGUGGAUACCUUGAGAGCUCAAAAUAUAGAAACUUGGCCGUUCUACAACCAGGCCACUGCCAAUUUAGUGCCUCUUAACUCAAGAAGGGUAGCUGUCAAGUUCGACUUCUUCAAGAUUGCUAAUCUGAUACCUAUUAAAUCACCUGGGAGUGGUCGUGGCCAGUUGGAAGUUUCUUAUUUGGAUGAAGAUUUGCGAAUAUCAAGAGGCAAUAGAGGUAACUUGUUCAUCUUGAAAAUGGUGGAUACAUCUUAUAGAGUUCCUCUUUGAUGUGGGUUCUCCAAGAAUCGUUAGUAGUGGCUUCAAUUAUACUUUUGGCAAGAAUUAAUGCUACUACUCAGCCAAAUUUCCAGUCAAGAAGUGGUCCAAGUCUGUCUGCCUAGAAACUCUCUCCGUUUAUGUUGGAUAUUGUAUAAAUUUUUCAGUUACAAUUUAAAAACAUUCACGUAAAUUAAUCAAUACAACUUAUGUAACUUGCAUAUUUUAGAAUAUAAAAAGCGCUAUAUCAAGUAUACAUUAAAUUUAAUUUGAG